UUUACCUGAACGGCGAGGAGACAGCGGAGCGAGCCAAUGUCCUCUUUAACCGUUCAUCACACUCCUCCCGUCUCCAGAGCAGUGAUUACACAAACGGCGGAAAGGAAACGGUGUGUGAAACGCGAUCUGCCUGACAGAAGCGAGAGAGACGAGGCGCCCAGCAAACGCAACAGCAAAUGGCAACUUGUGCAGUAAGGAGUUUUAGCGGUGUGCCGGAGGCAACCUCGGAUUCAGAUGAUGAAGACAAACUGCACAUUGUAGAGGAGGACAGUAUUCCUGAUGAUCCUGACCAAAAGGCCUCAGUAUUCCAACUCAAAUCAGCACAACAGCUCUCUAACACAUGCACAGAGGAUGAGGAGUGUGUCACUGAGGAGGAGGAGGAGGAGGGAGGAAGAGGAAGAUGAUUUUGAUGAGGAAGUGGCCGGUCAGGAAAAACAGAUGGAAACUAAGAGUAUUUACCCAGAUGCCCCAGAGGAGACCCAGAGCACGCCAGAGAGAGGGGUCCAUGAUGAGAACGGUACCCCGGAUGCAUUCUCUUAUCUGCACACUUGUCCACACUGUUCUCGUGGUUACAAGCGUCACACUUCUUUGAAGGAACACAUUAAACUGCGGCAUGAAAAGAGUGAUGAUAACUACUGCUGUUCCCUCUGUAGCUACACCUUCACCUACCGCACACAACUUGUCCGUCACAUGACUUCACACAGACAUGUCCGGGAGCAGCGGACUAUUUCUCAGUCAGGUGGAAACAGAAAGUUCAAAUGUACAGAAUGUUCCAAGGCCUUCAAAUACAAACAUCACCUGAAAGAGCACCUGCGCAUUCACAGUGGUGAGAAGCCGUAUGAGUGCUCUAACUGCCAGAAGCGUUUUUCACACUCUGGGUCCUACAGCUCACACAUCAGCAGUAAGAAGUGUGCAGGUGGGACCCCUGCAGUCAACAGUAUGCCUCGCAUGCCUGGAGUGAAAGCAGCCAUUACCCUCUCUCACCCCACACACAUACUUCUGAGAGAGAAGGUGGACAUUACCAACAAGCCUCUUCAAGAGCAACUCCCCCUGAAGCAGAUCAAACAAGAGCCUGUUGAACAUCAACCCAAAGCUGUGUCAGCAACAGCAACUAUAACCACCAAUGGAGUUACGGCCACAAAUGCUCAAGGUGUUGUGCAGACUUUGGUCGUGCCCACUGUCGGGCUGGUCCAGCCAAUCAGCAUCAAUCUUAGUGACUUACAGAAUGUGCUAAAUAUGGCAAUGGAUGGUAAUGUUCUUAGGCAGGUGUUGGCUAGUGCCAAUGUAAAUGGAACAAACACCAAAAUUUUAGGUCAAGUGCAAACGCAGGCGCAGACACAAGCUGUUGUGUUGCAGCCGCAGCAGGCACAACCACAGGUGAUCUCUGCCAUCUCUCUGCCGAUUGUGGGACAAGAUGGAAAUGCCAAAAUUAUCAUCAAUUACAGCCCCCAAUUAGACUCACAACUCAAUGCCGCUAAAGUAAAAACAACACAGCCUGUUGUGACACAGCCCACUGUGGCACAAGCCGGUACGGCACAGGAAAAAUUGACUGUGUCUGAUGUCACACAGCCAAAAGUGGUGCAGGUUCAUUCAGCACAGUCCAACUUGACUGAAACCCAAACAUCAAGUACUGUCAAUGCAAAACCUACCCAGGUAAAUAUAAUCAAACCAGUCCAAGCCGGAAACCCCAUCAAAACUGCAUCGAUCAUCAGACUAACCCCCGCACAGGCUACCAGGUUGGCCCAAGCCCGCGCUACACAACCAAAGCUCACCCAGCAAUCUUUACUGUUGGUGAGGAGAGCUGAUGGAACACAGAGUCUCGUGGUUCGACAAAUAGCUAUCGCCAAUCCUAACACACAGGGUAAUUCAACAGUCGAGACUAAGCCCACAGAGACAACAUCAACCCCAGAAAAGACUACAAAUACAGUGCUUGUGACACAAGCCGAGAGGAGAGAGACAUCAGAAAAUAUGAAUUCCUUAGAGUCAAAUGAUUGCAAACAAAACCUGAUAGCCAAUGUGCCAUCGGGCAUCAAAAUCAAAACUGAACCCGAUUCUCCAUCUAAGAUCGAGACUGAAAUGGAGAGGGAGGGAGAGAAAGAUAUGGAGACAGAGGGAAAUAAAGAGAAAGGGAAACAAUCUGCAAAUAACACAGUUUCACACUCGGGAACAGUUCACAGUGGUGUUGCAUGUGGAGACAACUUCCAUAACUACGCAAGUUGUUUGCUUUGUGACAGUGGCCCAAGCAAACUUAAACUCCUUGACUCUCUGAAUGGUGACACUAAUGGGUCUAAAACUAUCUCUCUGUCCUCUCUACUGGAUAAGGAUAAGAGUGGAGCAGCAGAGCGCCUCCUUCCUCUCCUGAAGGCCUAUAGUCAGGACCCUCAUCCCACUGAGGAGCAGCUGUCUCAGGUUGCCAAGUCAGUUAAGCUGCCUCUAGAGGCAGUUAGCAAGUGGUACAAGAGGAUGCGUUCCAAGAAAAUCUUGCUCAAGGCUGCAAGCAACCUGAAAAACAGCCAAAAGACCAAGGAAAAUACCCCAUGUGAUCCCACUGAUGCAUCUCAAGAAAAUAACUCAACCCAAGACACCUGCGAUGCUACUCAAGCUCUUGAUGACACCUCAAUGGAAACCCAAAAUAGAACCCUCAGUGCCACUUCACCUGACUCAUCUACAACCAAUUUCUCCACCGAUGAUCUUGUCAUUGUAAAGACAGAAGACGUAGAAGAGGAGUUGCAGUCUGAGCCACUGGACCUCUCGGUCCCAAAGUCCAGCCCUACUCAAGCCAACACCACCACUAAGCAGCCAAUCUCCAACCAAAAGGAGCCGCUCAACUUAGCCUGCCUCAAGAAACAAUCGUUGCCAGGCAACACCAUCUAUGUGGCGCAGGCUGGCACGAGUCCAUUAAACAUUGUGACAGGGCCAUUGCAAACACUGGUUGCCAUAGAGCCAGGCGGUGUUCCGUGCAUCGGAACUGCAUUAUCCACCAACAAACAAACUAUCCUCAUCCCUCAGCUCACCUACACCUACACCACCAACUCUAAUAUCGAGAAAACUGACAAUGCCUCGGCAGAUACAAAAGGGACAGUAAUACUCAACAACUGUCUGAAUGUGGCGGACACUGCUUCUGACUGUGUGUCAGGAGUAGAGGACCAGAAUGAUGAAGAUGUACCUCUCAUGAAGAGGAAGAGGAAGAGGAAGACUUCCAGCGGCCAAUAUGCCUGCAAUCUGUGUGACAAAAUCUUUCAGAAGAGCAGCUCACUGCUGCGACACAAGUAUGAACACACAGGUAAGCGACCUCAUGCGUGUGUCAUCUGUAAAAAGGCCUUUAAACACAAGCAUCACCUGAUCGAGCAUUCACGACUGCACUCCGGAGAGAAGCCCUACCAAUGUGAUAAGUGUGGGAAACGCUUCUCGCACUCCGGAUCUUAUUCUCAGCACAUGAACCACAGAUACUCCUACUGCAAGAGAGACACCUAUGAGCCACCAGAACAGAACAGCACCUCCACACCUCCCUCUCAGCUUGACUCUGAUGAGAGAGAGAGUGAUGGAGAGGAGGAGGAAGAGGUGGAUUUCUCUGGUCUGGACAUGAGUGAUAUACGGGUUGUUCGAGUAGGAGAGGAAUACGAGGAUGAGAUUGCAGGAGAGGAAGACCAGGAAUGCAGACAUGAGGAACACGAGACUGAGGAAGGAGAAAUGGUGGUGGAGGUGGAGCCUGGAGAUAUUGACACUUUACAGGAGAAAGUGCGGGAAACCGUGGAAAUGGAGGUGGUCAUGGAAACCGAGGAAUCAAGGGAGGUGUCAGGCAAUGCAGAAGAGGACAGAAAUUUCUCUAAUAAUGAAGAGAACACAGAGAUGACAACAGAGAAGCAACAACAUGUCUGAA